UUUAAUAACUAGUGUAUGUAAAUCAUUUCCCUAUAUAUAUUGAGGCUAUAAGCAAAAGAUAGUCUAUAGCUUAAUAGCUUUCUUGGCCAAACAAAUUAAAAUGUCUUCUUAUUAUUAUUAUUCUUUUAAUUUCUCAGUAAUAAUAUGCAUUUUGCUUGUAGUUUUGAGCUUUUUUUCCAAAUCAAAUGCUCAGUUGAAUUCCAAUUUUUAUCAAAAUAAUUGUCCAAAUGUUUCGGAUAUUGUUCGAUGUGUUAUUCAAGAAGCUUUGCAAACUGAUGCACGUAUUGGUGCUAGUCUCCUCCGACUUCAUUUUCAUGAUUGCUUUGUUAAUGGAUGUGAUGCAUCAAUAUUGUUGGAUAAUAAUGCAAAAACAAAUAUAGUAAGUGAAAAAGAUGCAGCUCCAAAUGCUAAUUCCGUAAGGGGUUUUAAUGUUGUUGAUAACAUUAAGAUUGCUGUUGAGAAUUGUUGCCCCGGUGUUGUCUCUUGUGCUGAUAUUCUCGCUCUUGCUGCUGAAUCAUCUGUUUCUUUGGCAGGUGGUCCUUCAUGGAAUGUGUUAUUAGGGAGAAGAGAUAGUAGAAGAGCAAAUCAAGGAGCUAAUAUUUCUAUUCCUUCUCCGUUUGAAAGCAUAAAUAAAAUUACUAUAAAGUUUUCUGCUGUUGGCCUUAGUAUUACUGAUCUAGUCGCGUUAUCAGGUGCUCACACAUUUGGACGUGCCCAAUGUCGUUUAUUUAGAGAGAGGCUUUACAAUUUUAAUGGUACUGGAAAGCCUGAUCCAACAUUAAACACUAAUUAUUUAGCCAAAUUAAUGAAAAUAUGUCCAAAAAAAGGAAGUAACACUGCUUUGGCUAAUCUUGAUCUAACAACUCCAAAUAAAUUUGAUAACAAUUAUUUUGCUAAUUUGCAAAAUAAUAAAGGCCUUUUGGAGUCAGAUCAAAAAUUAUUUUCAAAAAAUGGUGCAUCAGAAAUCACCAAUAUUAUUAAGACAUUUAGCAGGGACCAAAAUGUCUUUUUUCAGAGCUUUGUGGAGUCAAUGAUUAAUAUGGGGAAUAUUAGUCCAUUAACAGGGACUAAUGGAGAAAUUAGAUUAGAUUGUAAGAGAGUCAAUUAAAAGAAGUUUUAGUAUUUUUUUAGAUUAAUCAUCUUAUGUAACAUUAUUAAUAAUUAUUUGAGGGUUGUGGCUGUGUGUGAUUUCUAUUUGAUGUGUUUGAACUUUAUGUAUUUAUUGUACUUUUUAAUGUGUUUGAAAUCUUAUGUAUAUUGGAAUUUCAGUGAUUUUUU